UAUAUUUUGUUGUUUUUUUCUCCUUUAGUUCGUACUUUGUACUCGUCGUCCGUCGKUCACUCGUCAUUCCAAUCCAAUUCCGAGUCGGCAACUAAUACCACCAUAGACGCGCACCUAACACCACUACACCAGCUGCACCGGUCACGAGUCAGUCACUACUCGAUUGUAUAUWAUUAAUAACAUUAAGUAUAAACCAUUUUCGUUGAACGAAGACAUUGAGUGCAGCCCCGUCCACCGUACUCGGUACAAUAACUAAACGUCUAUUAAGCGUCAGCCAGACUUCCAAAAUGCCCGUCAAAGUAGGAGAUACCGUACCCAGCAUAGACUUGUAUGAAAACACACCUGCUACAAAAGUUAACAUUUCGGAACUGUGCAGUGGAAAAACUGUCAUACUUUUCGCUGUUCCCGGAGCAUUCACUCCAGGCUGCUCAAAGACACAUUUGCCUGSCUAUGUAAACACUGCUGCUGACUUGAAAAGUAAAGGUGUAGAUGAGAUUGUCUGUGUUUCUGUGAAUGAUGCGUUCGUCAUGGCAGCUUGGGCUCAAGAUCAAAAAGCUGAGGGAAAAGUACGAUUAUUAGCUGAUCCCAAUGCAGAACUCACAAAAGCUUUUGAUUUGGCCAUUGACUUGCCACCAUUGGGAGGCACUCGUUCCAAGAGAUAUUCAAUGCUAAUCAAAGAUGGUAAAGUGGAACAAUUAAAUGUUGAGCCAGAUAACACUGGAUUGUCUUGUUCAUUAGCAAAUAAAAUUGUUUUGUAAUCUUCUCAUUAUUUUAUUUUAUACAUUUUUUUUCUCCAAAUUUAUUUUAUGUAUCAU